AACACGAUCGCUCUGCUUUCGCAAACACUCACGGUGAUUUUGGACAUCGUCGAAGUGGGCUCAUCCAUUGGACUGUAUACAGUCACAGGGGUAUUCGCCACAGUACUGCCCGUCCUCGGGGCUGUGCUCGCCGUUCUUGGCGUUGUAAUGAUGCUCAUCAACCUGUUCGUGAACUUGUUUGGUGGCUCUCCACCUCCCGACCCGGUGCAGGAGUUCAUCGACCAUGUAGCCAAAGGCCUAGUCGGGGGAUUUGAAAACGCGCCGCCGCCGAAACUCGACUAUACCAUCCCCAGCGUCAUCUACGAAUCCGGCGAAGUGACCGGCAUCACCAUCAAAGGCGAAAACACAACGAACGAUGAGAUCAGCAUCCCUAAUGCCCGGAUUGUGGUGAACAGCGGCAGCGACGACGUCUGUCUGUUCUCUACGGAUGAUUUCGAACUGGUGGAGGAUACAGACACCGACAAGGAUUCGGAUAAACAUCUCUAUGUAACCCCGAACAGCACAGCCGAGGGGACAUUGUCCAGUAGUGUUCUGGGCGACGAGACAGAGUACCACGAGUUUGAUCUAGUGGUCGGUGGGAAAAAGAGGAUACGGAGAACAGUUUGCACAAACUGA